UUCUUGAAACAUAAUUCUCCAGAAGUCAUUUUAAAAUUUGAUUUCCAAACUAACUUUUGACUUUUCGAGCUCUAAAAACUGCUCUACUAUACAAAGUUCAAAGUUACUAGUUAACCGCUCCCUGAAUCAACUCCUCGGUUAAAACCCCCACUUGAACAGAAACGCUGCCAGUGUGUGUCUCCUCUCUCUGGAUAGUAGUAAAAGUAACGAAGAACUCACGCACUCUGUAAAUUACUAAUAACAGCAGCACAGAAGAAAUUUCAUAUGUUGAAAAACCGUUCCCUGUAAAUCAUUUUUCUUCUUCUUCUCCUCCCCAAUUUUGCUUCAUUUCUCAAGGAUGAAGAAGAAAGCAGGAGGUUUAUUAUCUGGGCGUAACGUGCUUAGUUUAGGGUCUAAGAUUGUGAUUACACUCUCAGCAAUUUUAUGUAUUUAUUCUCUUCUAAGAAUUCAUUCUCAAUCUAAGAAAUAUUAUUCUUCUUCGACUCGGAGAUCUUAUAGUUUAGUAGAUGAGCCAUUCGAAGGCUCUCCGAAGAUUGCUUUUCUAUUUCUAACUCGCAGAAAUCUCCCUCUUGAUUUUCUUUGGGAGACCUUCUUUCAGAAUGCAGCUGUGGGGAAUUUCUCAAUUUAUGUUCAUUCUGAACCUGGAUAUGUAUUUGAUGAAUCAACUACUAGGUCUCCAAUUUUCUAUGGCCGGCAAUUGAAAAAGAGUAUUCAGGUUCUUUGGGGAGAAUCAAGUAUGAUUGAAGCAGAAAGAUUGCUCUUCGAUGAAGCACUUCAAGAUCCAGCAAACCAGAGAUUUGUUCUUUUAUCUGAUAGUUGCGUCCCUUUGUAUAACUUCAGCCACAUAUACAAUUAUAUGAUGUCAUCUUCGAAAAGCUUCGUUGACAGCUUUCUUGAUGCAAAGGAAGGACGCUACAAUCCAAAGAUGUCUCCUAAUAUACCAAAGAGCAAGUGGCGAAAAGGAUCCCAGUGGAUUGCAUUAGUUCGGAAACACGCGAAGGUUAUCGUUAAUGAUGAUGUUGUACUUCCGGUGUUCAAGAGGUAUUGUAAGCGACGACCACCCACGGAUUUUGGCAGGGGAAAACAGAACCUUAAAUUCCAGACGCAGCACAACUGUAUACCAGACGAGCAUUAUGUGCAGACAUUACUUGCUAUGAGUGAUCUUGAAGGAGAACUUGAACGAAGAACACUGACCUACACAUUCUGGAAUGAGUCUAAAACAAAAACUGACAAGAAAGGAUGGCAUCCGUUCACUUUUGGUUAUGCCGAUGCAGGCACUCAGCAAAUUAAUGAAAUAAAGGUCAUCAACCAUGUGAACUAUGAGUCUGAGUACCGGGUGGAGUGGUGUAAAUCUAAUUCUACACCCGUUAGUUGUUUCAUAUUUGCGAGGAAGUUUUCAAGGGGGGCAGCUAUGCGUCUUUUGAGUGAGGGCAUAGUGGGUAAUUUUAAAGCUACUGCAAUGUUAGACACACCGUUGUGAUAUUUCUAAGUCAAAUCUCUCAUCAUCUACUAACAGGCGUUAUGACCAAUCUAGAUUUAUACUGUCGAGAAGAGUAUAUUACAAGACUGAGAUACCAAAUAAGUUGGGGGAUCAAAUGAGAGAGAUAGCAUGAUGUGGUGGAUAGUAUAUAGUUUGUGAUCCCUGGUGAUACAACUAAAAAAAAAAGUCAUUUAGUAAACACCAAUAGAUUGUGCAAAUAGGUUCUGGCUGAUAGAUAUAGGUUAAAGAAGAGUUGGAUUAAAUGUGGUAAAUAUAUGUUACUGAGCAGUUCGAAGCUAAAGAAAUGAAGAUUUUUUUUUUU